AUGGGGAAGUCCCCGGCCAAGUGGCUCAAGUCCGUGCUCUUCGGGAAGAAGACCUCCAGGUCUGGCUCCGCCAAGGCCAAGGAUUUAUCGAAGGCCGGGGGCAACAGAGGGUAUGUUGCUGCCGGGAAGGAGCCCGGGUUCUCGGAGAGCUCCCCGGUGAUCUCCGAGCCGGUGCUUGUUACCCCGCGCAACAAUGACGCUGUGCCGGAGGUGGGGAAGGGCGAGAAUUCCAGCUCGCAAGGCGAAGCGGCGGCUCAGCAAGAAGUGAACCAUGAUUUGGAGAAGCAGAGCACUGCCGGGUCUGAUGUGCUGUCCAAUGACCCGGAGCGGCUCAAGGAAGAACAAGCAGCCGUCAAGGCCCAAGCUGCCUUCCGAGGCUACCUGGCACGUCGGGCUUUCCGUGCAUUGAAGGGAAUCAUACGACUUCAGGCGCUGAUUCGUGGCCAUCUUGUAAGGAGGCAAGCUGCUUCAACUCUCCGUGCCACAUGGUUGAUUGUGAAGUUCCAAGCUAUUGUUCGUGGCAGGAAUGUCAGACUUUCUAGUGAUGCAAUUCAAUUCAGUUGGAAGCUUGCCGAGCAGAAGUCUGUGGGUGCUAAACCAGAUGCUUGGAGGGAGAGGUUAGCUUCAAACGCAUUUGCCCGUAAGCUUCUGGCUUCACCGAUUCUGGUAGAGGCUCUUCACUUUCAGUAUGAUGAGAGGGAUCCCAAUUCAGCCUUCAACUGGUUAGAGAGAUGGACCAUAAGCCGUGUCUGGAAACCCGUUUACCAAACAAAGAGAAAUGCUAUUGCUGAUGCCAAACCGCAGACAAAGAGGGCCAGUUACGCUAUGGAAACAGAGUCAGGGAAAUUGAAACGCAAUGCUCGGAAGAGUUCUGCAUUGUCAGUUGAGCCCAUCCCUCUGACAAACAUGCCAUUGGAAACUGAAAAAACAAGAAGGACCCCAAGGAAAUUCACUAGCACUCCUGCUGAUUCAGUGCCUGAUAGCCAAUUAACUGAACUUGAGAAGGUUAAGCGUAGCCUUCGGAAGGUAACUAAUUCCAUGGCCGAAGCCUCAAAGGUAUCUAGUCCUGCUUGUGAUACCCCUGACCACCCAGAGAUCGAAUGUGAGAAACCACAAUGUACUGCACAGGAAGUUCCAGUUUAUCCUGAGAUUCAAGAACCUAACCAUGAUGAUCAGUUAGAAAAUGCGAAGGUGGAUAUCUUUGUACCUGAUCUCAAACCUGAAGGGGAAGUUACUCCAUAUGCAGUCACAAGUGAAGAAAAACUUGAUGAGCCGGCCGUUGUUGCUACAGCAGCUGAAGUUAUGCCCCUGCAAGACAUUGACAAUGAAGAAAAUGCUUUGGUGAAUGAUGCGGAGCAGAGAUCCAGAGAAGAACCUCUCUCCGCUGAAAGCCUUAAAGGUGGUAACAGGAGGUCUUCGUUCUCAACGAAGCCAGAAUAUCCAGAGAACGGCUCCAAAAACUCUCCAGCUGUGCCCAGCUACAUGGCUGCAACAAAAUCUGCAAAGGCGAAGCUGCGGGGACAGAUAUCACCUAGACUUAGCGCUGAUUCAGCAGAAAAAACUGUCUACACACGCCGCCAUUCCCUUCCUUCCCCUGCCAAUGGUAAGCAGAACUCGCACUCGCCGCGUACACAAAGGCCAAUCCAUCCUGGUACCAAAGAGGGAGCGAAAGUCGACAAGUCUAUGCUGUCAUCAAGAGACGCAGCCGACUUUCUUACCUUCAGUACACAUAGUAUGUUUUUGCCUACUUCAAACUCCACUAUAAAUAAGCAGAUAAAUGAACUGAGCUGUUCCCUAAGAUCAUUCGGAGCUUGCUUGCGGUUUUGCGACGGUCAUGCCGCCUUUGGCUUGUGUCUUGUAUAG